UGCAGGGCUUGUUGGUUAUCAAAGGGUUGUCUCUCGCAGCAGGGUCUCGCUCUCCACUCCACUUGUCCAACCAAGAGUAGCGAAGUGCCUGAAACACUGAAUGGGGGUUUCGGGAUAAAGUGUAGAGAGAACAGGUUGUGGAUGCAGGUGCAGGAGGUGUAAAAUUGCAAGUUAAAAAAAUGUUUAUUGUUGGACUGACUGGCGGUAUUGGAACUGGCAAGAGUACGGCCUCAAAAUUCUUUUUGGAAAAUGAUAUUCCCGUUGUUGAUGCAGACACAAUGGCUCGAAAAGUUGUCGAGCCAGGACGAAAGGCUUGGAAAGCGAUCCGCAAGGAAUUUGGGGAGAGCGUGUUUUAUGAUGAUGGGCAGCUGAACAGAGAGGCCCUUGGUGAUCUGAUUUUCAACGAUGUUGAUAAACGCAAAAAGUUGAAUGAAAUAACCCACCCUGAAAUUUACAAAGAAAUGUUGAAAGCCGCCUGGAACCAUUUACUUGACGGCCACCAAUUUAUUGUGAUGGACUUGCCUUUGCUGUUUGAAAGCGGUCGGAUGUUGAACUUUCUGCACAAAAUAAUUGUAGUCACUUGUGAAGAAGACCAGCAACUUGAACGUGUGAUCAAGCGAGGGCAGCUGAGUGAAGAGCGCGCCAAGGCCAGAAUUAACGCUCAGAUGCCUUUGGAAACGAAGUGCAAUCAGGCACACUUUGUGCUCGACAACACGGAGGACAUCGACCACCUGAAGAAGCAGGUGGAGCAGUUGAUUGUGACGCUGAGAGCUUCCAACGCGCAUUGGAAGAUGAGGAUUUACUUCAUUGCCUCUAUGAUGCUGAUAUUUUACCUGAUUAUUUUCUUGUAUUCAUUCCUUGCAUUUUAAUCCUCGAACGAGUUUUUAGUCACCUUUACUGAAUUUAUUGCCAAAUAAAAGUACGCUGAUAAAUUACGAGCUAUAAAAAUCA